AUGGCUAAACGCAUAACAGAUUUUUUUGGAGUAUCCUCAAAAAAACAAAAACCUUCUAAUUCUGAAUCUUAUAUUUUACCUCAAAAUGUACCUGCUGAAGCUUCAAAUUCUAAUACUUCUUUAACUAUAAAUCAAGUAGAGGGUUUAAUUGAUUGCCCUUCAUCGAGUUCAGAAUGGUACAAAGGGUCCAAGUUAGAUGCUAAUUGGUUAAUUCAAACAUUCGAAUUUUUGAAGAAAGUAAAAUUAGGAAAACGAUCAGGUAUUCAAUUUAUUUUAUGUUUUAAUCAAAUCUCACAAUCCAAAAAGUUGUCUCGCUUUUUAUAACUUUUACCUAUCUACCAUUUACUUCUAGCAUUAAGAUUUAUUUUUAAUAAUUAUGAGGGGUGAACAUUAAAUUAUUACCUACUAUAAUUGGCUAUCUAUUUUNGUCUCGCAACGCACAAGUUCCAAUAGCCGACGGGAAUAGAUGUGAUGGAAAAAAAGAACUCAUGAGAAUUAUAGACCAUUUAAAUAGUGACGCUCAAAACGCUGCAUGUUCUACAGAAAAAACUCAGAUACUUUGGAUGUCACAAUAAGAUAAACAUCCUUGGUUAAAACUUUUAAAAUCUCAUGAGUCGGAAGUUGUUUCCAAUUUAAUUGAGUUAGCUAUUGAUGUCAAUAACGACAGUAGAAUUAUGACCUUAUCUGCAAAUUCCUGGCCAUCUAGGUCACUCUCUAAAAUACAUUCUGACACUCAAAUUUCAACUUAUCAUGAACAUGGUUUAGACUCAAAUUUCGUUAGUUUUAAUCCUUCUGAUACUGUCUUACAUUAUAAAGAUCCAAAUAUUUAUCGUGAAAUGUAAGAUAUAAUUGCUGAAAUUGUUAUGGAGCCUGUAUCAUAAGAGUUGAAAAAUUCUAUUGGUUUCUCAAUUCAAAUCGAUGGAUCGGUUGAUAAAUAUUCAAUAGACAAUAAGUUUAUCACCGCUCGCUAUUUAAACUAAACAAAUGCCAUCAAAAACGUUUUCUUAGGUGAAAGCCAUUCAAGCAAACGUGGUACAGAAGGGUUACUUGAUUGUAUUUUAAGUACUUUAAAAACUUGGUUUAGAAUAUAUAGCCAAAGAAAAGCUAACUGGCUUAACAAUUAACGGUGAAAGUGCCAAUACUGGAAAAAAGAGUGGUCUUUGGGUUAGGUUGAGAGAAUACUUAAAAAGGGAUAUACUUUGUAUUUGGUGUGUAACAGAUAGGUGUGAUUUGGCAUUUUCUGAUAUUGAAUCAAUGGUUACAGAGGUUAAACAUUGGAAAAUAAAUCUAAAGUCUGUCGCUACAUUUUAUAGAGGUUCUGAAAUUCGUACCGAUGAACUCAAGGCGAUUUCGGAAAAGGAAAAUGUAAAAUUUUACAGAUUUCCGCAAUAUUUUAAAGUUCGUUUUGUAGAACAUCUAAUUUUAUUGUGCGAAUCUGUUUGGAAAAAUAUGCCAUCUAUAAGAGAGCAUUGGAAUAACAUAGCUACAGCUGAUACUGAUACUAGUAAUAGAAAAGAGAAAGCAAUGGUCAGAGGAUUUUUGUAA